UUAGUUGAAGCAUUUUCAGAUCAACCAUUUUUUUUUUUAAAUCCUUCUUCCAACUUGCAUCUCCUUUUUCUUUGAUUCCUAAAAGAUGGUAGGGCAUUAUGUCCUAUAACUUAUCAGGCAAAACCAUGUGAAUCUUCAACAAGUCCUUCACCUGACAUGUUUCUCAAACAUUCUCUCACCACCUCUCUCACAGAUCACAAUCCUACUCAUUUUUAAGGUGUUUUGCCUAUGUCUAUAAUUAUAUAGGUAGUGACUGAUAAUCCAAAGUCAAGCCAACUCUUCACUCUUCCUGAUCAAUCAUCAAUCACUCUUUUGAACUUUCUUUUUCAAUCUCAAAUUUGAGAAACAUUUAUUUGUUUUUGAUCAUUUUUUUUUAUUUUUUUAUUUUUUUUUCUGAAAUGGGUAUCAGAUUGAUGGGGAUAGCUAAUGCAAAACACAAACUUCAGAGAACUCUAUCAGCAAGAUAUGGAAUAUUGGUUGCUACAGCCACUAAUUGCCAUGAUGUUCCAAAAGGCCAUUGUGCUGUUUAUGUUGGAGAAACACAGAAGAAGAGGUUUCUGAUUCCAAUUUCCUAUUUGAAUCACCCUUUGUUCCAAGAUUUGUUGAAUCGCGCUGAGGAAGAGUUUGGAUUUGAUCAUCCUACAGGAGGUCUCAUAAUUCCUUGCAGUGAAGCUCAUUUUAUAAGUUUAACUUCAGCUCUAAGUUCAGAAAAAAUGGCGUGACUUUGUCAAUGUUGAAUAAUUCAUUUGGCCUAUAAUUGGUCCUUUUUUUUUUAGUUUUCUUUGUUUUUAUAAUUUGAUCUUCUUUCUUCAAAAUCAUCAAAGUUGAGACAAAAAAUUUAUCCAGUUUAGUCACUUCCAAUUUUGUAUUAUAUACUGUGGGUUUCUUGGAACUACCA